AUGUCUUUGCUGCAGGCUUCUUUUGCUUCAGACACUGAAUCAGAUGAUGAGGAGUUUCAAGCUGCGGAGGCUCAAGGCAGCAGCGAAUCUGAAGAAGAAGCUGACGAUGCUGCUGCUGCUGCUGCUGCUGCUGCAGACAGCAGCAGCAGCAGCAGCAAAGGAGACGCUGCAGCAGCAGCAAGCUCCGCUGACGCAGAGGCUGCAGCAGCAGCAGAACAGGAGGCACGAUGCGGCAGGAAGAAGUGGAAGCUUGAUAUGAAGCAGAGCAAACGGAAGCAGAAACGUCUGGCGCUGCAGCAGCAGCGAGCAGCAGCAGAUGCGGCGUAUGCGGAGCUGCUGCAGCAGCACAAAGAAGCAAUCAAGCAGUACCCAGCUUCUGUAGGCCGCUCAGCUGCUGCUGCACUUGCUGCUGCUGCUGCACUUGCUGCUGCUGCUGCACUUGCUGCUGCUGCUGCACUGGCUGCUGCUACUGCACUUGAUGGUGCUACUGCACUCGCUGCCUUUGCAUGUGCUGCUGCUGCGCUUUUGCUGCUACAUGUACUGCUGCUGCUGCUGCUGCAUUUGCUGCUGUUGUGCUUCGUGCUGCAGCAGUGCCUGCUGCUGCUUUUGCUGCUGCUGCGCUUCCUGCUGCCGCUGCUACCUUAG